AUGUAUCGGUCCUGGUCGUCGGAUAACUCAUCGUCCGGUGGACAGUCGAGGCGGGCGUCCACCGCUGAUCAGUCAGCAGACGACGAAGGCAUCAUCAUCAGGCAGCUUCUGGACGAGACGGCGCCGGGCUCACAGAUGCAGGAAAUCUUUCAUCCCACACGGGCGCCAGGACUGAAUGUCCGUAUCUGGGCCAUCGUCAAGCCAGAGUAUAGAACAUUGAGUACCUCCCAGUUCCCCUGGGAAGCCAUCCUUUUCGCGGAUGACCAUUGUGGCGAACUCAGUGGUGUUCCGCCGAUCCACCGGCUUCCUGCCAGGUCACUCAGCGAGAUCUUCCUCAAUUGCGCCGAGUGGCACGCGGGCAGCAUGCACGAGUUGUCAUUCAGUGGCAACUCCGUUCCUUUCGUGCUCAGUGCUGUGUGUGGUCUAUGGAGGGACGUCGCACUCCACGUCCCUGAGCUAUGGAGGUCUAUGUUCCUGCGGCCCUGCCAGGGUCGAGGUCACCAAAGGAUGGCGAAUUUGUUCCUCCAACGUGCCCGGGGUCGGUUUUUAUACAUCGGUUACAGCGAGUCCUCGGAUGCAGGAAGCGCUGUUGCCGGGAGAUGCACCUGGGCGAUAGACUUCAUUCGCCAGAACCUACGCCAGAUCAUCUGCCUCCACCUCGACGACAUCACCGACCGGACGGUCUCACGACUGGCAGGUCUUUCGAGCGGAUGUGCGCCCGCCCUCGCCAGUUUGCACGUCAAGAUGCGUCCCGGCCAGUGUUCGCAAGAAUCAAUGCAAAUCUUAGCGUCGCUCUGCACAGGAUCCCCUCGACUGGUCACGCUGGACUGGCAUGCAUCAGUCUUUCCCCUGAACGUCCAUUGGCCUCAGAUCACCCGGAUCGAACUCAAGCACUGUCCUGUGGACUCUAUGACAGUGCUGCACAUCAUACAGUCUGCCGUACUAUUGCGCGCUCUGGACAUCAAUAUUACGCUGGCGCCGCGUCUGCCAAAUUCCCUUUCGGUGCUCUAUCCGGCUGUCCGAAACGCUUCGUUGAAGAAGUUGGCAAUCGCGAGCGACGGUUGGGCUUAG